AUGGAUGCCUUUGGAAAAGACACCUCAUCAAGGAUCCUUUCCGUGACUUGGAAGACUGGACUUUCACUGGAGAUUCCCUCAAAAAUGGGAACACUGCUGGAGACUGGAACCGCUGUUGUCCUGAUCACCGAUGACACCUGUCCAGCCAAUCUACAUCGUCCUCCUUCAAGAACGAUGGAAGAAGACUCCGCAUCUCCAACACAAUCCACAUCACCAUCAAGAAUAACCACCUACAAAAAUAAAUAUGCUGGUCUUCUGCUCAAUAGGAGAAAGAAGAAGUGCUUCCGGUAUAUGGAGGGCAGCAAAAACGGGAUGGAGAAUCCCAACAGCGUGGCUUCGAGUCUGGAUGAAGCCAACACGCCCGACUCCAACAAGACGGACAACUCCAUUUCCGGCUCCAUGUCGGCAUCCGGUUCCGGGUCAAUGUCAGACCUCAAGGGCCACCGGUCCAUCCUCAGUCCGGCCAUGAGCAUGAGUUCCCCCCAGAGCUUACCCCUCACCUCACCUAUGAUGCUUCCUUCGCCGAGCCUCUCGCUCAUGUCACCCAUGACGCCAAACUCGGCACUCUCCAGAGUGUCAAGUGCGACUGACAAUGCUAGUCUGUGUGCUUUCAGCCCUACGCCACUUCUCUCACUGCCUGGUAUGCCGGUCCAGCAGCGAGGGCGAGUGGGAACCAACCCGCACGACAUCAACAACCCGCUGUCCGUGAACCAGCUGACUGGCCUGUGCCAGCCAAAAGCCAAACCUCAUUCGCUCACCAAGCCAGUGGAAGACACGGGCCCGUCCAUCGUCAGCGUCAACACGUAG